ACCCCCAUUCCCAUCAUGUUGCAAGCAUUCACCCUGUGCUGCACUCUGUAGUCCUCUCCCCGUCUCCUCUUCCUUGCCUUUUACUUGCACGCCCCGUUAUGUGUGUCUCUCCCCCUGGUGAAUGCUGAUUGCCUGUGCUGACGCUCUAGAGAUGAAACCUGCAUCAUAGAAAACAGACUCAUUUUCAGUACUUGCCACAGCUUACUACAAAUGCUGCUCUUGCAGCAGGAGGAAGAGGGGAGGAUUUUUACAUCGAUUGAUUCCAGACCCCAUAUCUCAUCCUGUACUUCCCCACCUCUGCCAGUAGAUAUUUGCUCGCAGCUAAAGGGGAAUUGGGUUUGUUUAGCUUUAGACUAUCUCUUGUACAGAGGACAUACAAGGUACCUGGAGAGGAAUUCUCAUAUAGAGAGCUGAAGUUACCACCAAAUGUCUACCUGCUUUGCUGAUCCCUGAAAAAAUGAGAUGCAAAUCAUUCUAAAACUAACAUAAACACACAUUCCAAUUCACAUCAGUCAUCUGUGCUAAAUGAUUCCACAUGAGGGAUGAGCCUUGCCCCAUUCUUCUUGGCUACGGAGUGUCAUCAAUUGGAGCAUCCACAGCAAGUACCCGGAGACCAAGUAUGAAGCUAAUGCGGUCAGUUUGAAUGGGAAGAUCCAUUAGACAGUUGCAAGUGAAAGAGCAUGGUAAAUGAACCCAAAACGGAUAUCUCACGAUUGCUCAUCUGAAAAUGGACUACAAAUAAACCAAAAGGAGCAGUGUUUUCUUGAACGUCCAUUGGAUAAACAAAUGUAAAAGAGGAAAGGAAAGUAUUUGGCUAAAGAGUUGCUCAGACCCAGCCUACAUAUUAUUUUCCUGCAUUGAAUGAGUCAAGCAUUUAAAUAGUUGGCAAUUGAAAAAAAAAUGGAUUAACAGUAUGGAAAAAUACAUUUAACAGUUUCUCAUUGAUGAAAUAAUGCAAGAAAUGACUCCUAAAUGACUACACAGACAAAUGUGAAAAUUGCAACUAUUUAACCAGAAAAGUAUGGAUACAGUUCAAAACAACCCAGUGUGUUGGGACAAACCUAUUUAUCACAACGUGAUUUUUAUUUCUCCAUAAUUAUAUUUAGUAUGCAUUGAAAAUGCUAAAGAAAAACACUUUGAACUGCACUUUUCUAAUUUGGAGCAAAUAGUCAUACAUUAGUAAAUGGGAAUUGGGUUUGAUAAUCAUAUACAUAGAAUAUAUUCCUCAAAUCCUAAAGAAAUGUGUAAUUUAGAAAUACCUUCAUAUACAAUACUCAUUUUAUUCUGACAUCAUAUCAUAUCAAUAAGACAAUUCAUAAAAUCUUUUUUAAUAUGAAAAAUAAUGUAUUUGUUUAGAAAUGUUAGAUGACUAACAGACUAAUGGAUCAUGGCUCUAAAGUUAAUAAGAUCCACUCUUUUUGUAACAGCUUCCAUAUUCUCUCUAUUACUUAUUGAUCCAUCUCUCUGCAAUUAUUCUGACUUGUUGGUACUGACAGAAAAUGUGGCACAUCAUCACAUAGUACAUGAUUUCACUCCUAACUUCAGGCAGAAAAACAAUCUUUUUCAUCCAAGUUUAUAUUUCGAUAAGGCAGACGUGCAAGGGCUAAGACAGAAAUCACAUACCAGCCAUUCACAUUUAUUUAGGACAAUUAGAAAUGCAGUCAAUAAAAUGCUAUCAAAUCCGUCUUUCUACCUGCCUCCACAAAAGCAUGCUGAUUUUACAUCCAAAUGGAAUGAGAUUUAUGGAAAUAAUUUACCUCCACUCUCACUGUAUUGUCUUCUAUCUCCAGAUGAUAAAACCGCACUUUCUUUUGCAGUCGAGUAUAUGGAUAGAAUGGCGAAUUAUAAGGACUGGUUAGUUGUCAGUGCUCCGGGGGAUGAAGUACCACUUGGACAUUCAUUAACAGGCUUUUCUACGGCAUUCGAUUUUUUAUACUUGUUACUAGACAAUAAUAGAAGACAAACUUAUUUAAAGAAAAUUUACAGUGUCACCGAAGAGAUGUAUGAAUAUUCUAAAGUUCGUUCAUGGGGGAAACAAUUUCUCCACAACCACCAAGCCACCAACAUGUUAGCCCUGCUCACUGGGGCUCUUGUUAUAAAUUCUUAUAAUGAAUUUCAAUCAAAUAUUUGGAAACAAUUAGUUAUUGAUGUGAUGGAAAAGACCAUGUUUCUCCUGAAUCAUGUUGUAGAUGGAUCUUUAGAUGAAGGUGUUGCAUAUGGAAGCUACACCUCUAAAUCAAUCACACAAUAUGCUUUCUUAGCAAAACGUCACUUUGGUAUUAAUCAUUUUGACAACAAUUGGCUGAAAAUGCACUACUGGUUUUAUUAUUCUACUCUUUUGCCUGGAUUUCAGAGAAGUGUUGGGAUAGCAGAUUCUAACUACAACUGGUUUUAUGGUCCAGAAAGUCAGUUAGUAUUUUUAGAUUCGUUUAUUCUGCAGAAUGGAGCUGGAAAUUGGUUAGCAUCUCAAAUCAGAAAACACAGGCCAAAAGAUGGACCAAUGGUACAGUCUGCAUCACAACGGUGGAGCACACUUCACACAGAAUAUUUAUGGUAUAAUCCAGAGCUUAUAUCUCAUCCACCCUCUGGUCAUGGUGUACCAAAAUUGCAUGUUUUUCCUAAUUGGGGAGUUGUAACUUAUGGAGGUGGUUUACCAAACACACAGACUAACACAUUCUUUUCCUUUAAAUCUGGAAAGCUUGGAGGACGUGCAGUUUAUGAUAUUGUUCAUUUUCAGCCAUACUCAUGGAUUGAUGGCUGGAGAAGUUUCAAUCCAGGACAUGAACAUCCAGAUCAAAAUUCAUUCACCUUUGCGCCUAAUGGUCAGGUAUUUGUUUCAGAAGCACUGUAUGGACCAAAAUUUAGUCAUUUGAAUAAUAUACUUGUGUUUGCUCCUUCCCCUACUAGCCAGUGCAAUAAACCUUGGGAAGGCCAACUUGGAGAGUGUUCACACUGGCUAAAAUGGACAACAAAUGGUUCUGGCGAGGCAGCUGGGGAGAUAAUAACAGCAAGUCAGCAAGGAGAAAUGGUGUUUGUAAGUGGUGAGGCUGUUUCUGCCUACUCCUCUUCCAUGAAGCUAAAAAGCGUUUAUCGUGGGUUGUUACUACUUAAUCAUCAAACUCUUUUAGUAGUUGAUCAUAUAGAAAAGGAUAUAGAUUCUCCAGUCUCUUUAGUUAGUGCCUUUUUCCACAAUCUUGAUAUUGAUUUCAAAUAUGUUCCUUUCAGGUUUUUAAACAAAUUCAGUGGUGCCAUGAUGGACAUAUGGGAUGCUCAUUACAAAAUGUUUUGGUUAGACCAAAAUGGUAAUAGCCCAGCUCCCAAAAUACAAGAAGCAGAGCAAGCUGCUGAGUUUAAAAAGCGCUGGACCCAAUAUGUAAAUGUUACCUUUCAAUUAAACCAAAGAAUAUCUAGAAUUGCAUAUUUGUUUCAUGGUCCAUAUGUUAAUGUGUCACAUUUGAAAUUCUUAGAUGAUAGCAAACUUGGAGUUAAACUUUCUGUAAAUAUUAACAAUUCUGACAAUAUCGUUACAUUGGUGACAGAGUAUAACAAUUUAGGUACUCGCUUUAAGUUUCUUGGAUUUGGUGGAUACGCAAAAGUAGAAGAACAGGACAAAAUAGUACGAUUUGGUUUAGGAGUUGAGCAUGUUGAAAAAAAUAAGGUUACCACUAUGAAUGUAUUUAACUUUGGAUUUAAACUCUAUGUGAUCAUAGGCUUAAUUUUAAGUAUAAGUUUAGGAAUUUUAGCAUUUCACUUGAGGUUCUAUAUUUCUUUUGGAAAGUUGAUGCGCUGGGUUUUAGUUUUUAUCAUAACUCUGUGGUUUUUUGAGUUAUUGGAUGUGUGGAGUUCAUGUACUCAACCAAUUUGUGGGAAGUGGAACCAUGAAUUACCCAACACACAGAAUAAGAACGAUGACAGAGAUGCUAUAGAACCACCAACAGUAGUAAUUGCCUCUCUGCCUGGUUCAGGAGCUGAAAUCUUAAAACAGCUGUUUUUCAACAGUACCGAUUUUAUAUAUAUUAAGGUCCCUACUACUUACAUUGACAUUCCUGAGGGAGAAUUUAAAAUUGAUUCCUUUUUCGAUGCAUGUGAAUGGAGUAGUUCUGAUGUAGAUGAUGGACAUUUUCAACUAAUUCAAGGCUGGCUUCGGUCACUUCUACAAAAUACAAAACUGCACCUGCAGAAUAUUGAUUUAAAUGAACCAAACAAACCAAAACUCUUUCAUCGUGUUACCAUUGGCAAAGAUAUUAAUAGAAGAAUUAAAAGACGAGAUACAAUUUUAGAGCAAAAAAGCAGAUUUAAAGUAAAGUAUGACAGAGAUGCUGAUAAUGUCAGACAACUUCGCAAGCACUUGGUAAUGUUUCCAAAUGUGCAACCAGUACUAGGUUUAAGCAGUGGAAGCUGGACAUUAAAACUUCCAUUUUUACAGAAAAUUGUUGGACCUUCCUUCAGGGCAUUGUAUGUUGUUCGAGAUCCUCGUUCCUGGGUUUAUUCGUUGUUGUAUAAAAGUAAGCCAAAUUUAUUUUCGCAGUGGAAUGUUCAAAAGCAUUUAUCAGUAAUCUUCAAAGAAGAUACAAAACAGAAAUGUGUCUCUCAUAUAGGGUAUGCCUCUGAAUUUGAGUCUUUAAAAGAGGAACUUUCAAAUUCAAAAUCCAAUGAUAUAUCCAAACUGUCCCAUUUAUGGUUGUCCAACACAGCAGCAUCAAUCAGAAUAAAUAAAAAUUCAUCAACUAAAAAUUAUCAGUUGAUUAAAUUUGAAGACAUUAUAAACUUUCCAGAAAAAGCUGCAGAAGGAAUUUAUAACUUUUUUGGCAUUCCUCUUUCUCCCGCAACUUUGAAUCAAAUAAUGUUUGCAAGUUCCACUAAUUUAUUUUAUCUUCCACAUGAAGGAGAGAUUUCAUCAUCAAGCAUGAAUACAUGGAAAUUAAAUAUGCCUAUAGAAGAAAUAAAACUAAUAGAGGACAUCUGUUGGACAUUAAUGGAUGAACUUGGAUAUUCAAAGUUUACAGAGUGAGGCAUUGUUGCAAAUACUGUUAAAGGGAAACUCCACGGUCAUUUUGUCACCUUUUUAAGCAUUAAUGUAUAUAUUUUAACACCAUGUUAAUUUAUGUUUUACCAUAUGGAAAUGAGUGAUAAAUGGGUUGCUAUAUCUCACCUGCUUCUUUGUUGAUGAUGAUGUCAUCAAAAAGGUUCACAGCUCAGAUAUUUGCUGCAUGAAAUUGUCCUUCUUAGUGAAGCAUAAUGUUUUAAUACAUUUUUGUAAAGGGACAUUAUAGUCCCCAGAACAACUAUAACUUAUUGUAUUUGUUCUGGUGAUUUUAGUCAGUUCCUUCAGGCUUUUUGCAGUAGACACUGUGUUUUCAGAGAAAAGGCAGUGCUUACAUUACAGCCUAGGGACACCUCCAGUGGCCACUUCUCAGAUGGCUACUAGAGGUGCUUCCUGGGCACCUCAGCAUGGAGACAAUGAACUUCCCUCAUAGAGAUGCAUUCAUUCACUCUAUGAGGAGAUGCUGAUUGUCAAGGGUGGUGUUUGGCCCCUUCCCCCAAACACUCUAUGAGAAAGCAUUGUGAUUGGCUGAGAUCAUCACAUCUGAUAAUGUCAGCCAAAGAGGCAGCACCAGCAGAUUGUAAGAUUUGACUAUAUUUAUGGGACAACGAAGGUC